CAAUCUCGAGCUCAUCCAACUACGAGGCCCUAAAACAAUUUCGCGAAGGAACAAUCGAAGGGCGUGCAAUGCGUUGGAUACGUUUAUGAACUUCAGUCACGAAGCUAUCGAUGUUACUUACCGUUGAAACGAAAGUUUCGAGUGAUACGUGAUGAGGGGAAAAAAACUAACGAUCGACUAACCGAUUACUAGAUAACAGGACACGCGAGCGAGCCACAUGCAAAUUCAUCGCAAAGUGUCGCGGUCCGUUCUCGUGUCGUGCUCACCCAAUUGCUCGCUCGCGCACCCAAAGGUCAAUGGCGAGCCAGAAUUUCGACGAACGAAAAAAAUAUGGGGAAGGAUAUAGGAAAGAAGAGACAAAUUGCGUUGAUACGGGAAAUUGAUUAGGUCGUCCCCGCGGUAACCGAUGGACAAACACAAAUAGAACAGAGGGAGAGCGAGUGAGCCAACUUGGGUCUGGGUCUCUAGACCACCCUUCAGUUGCUCGACCGAUUUCCUCGCGCGAUAUCACCGGGCUCGAAACGCAACACCUGUAAACCGAAACGAAUCAGCCAUUUAUGUACCAUAUUUUUAACGAGUGGCUCUUUUCACAAGUUCAGAAUGAAAUUCAAGUAUCUUAUCUUCGCUGUGUUCCUCGCUUUUCGUGGUGGAUACUCGGUCCAUGGACAAGGAAACGACGGGAAGGAUAGAGAAGCCUCGAAAACGAGACCAGUUAAUCUUUUCAUCAUCAACGAUGAAGGUAACAAAGUGGCCAACGCCAGUCUGAUAGCCGCCCUGAAGACGGUCAGAGAGAAACAUCCUAAUUAUCUGGGAAGGGUGUGGAUGGUUCAGGUGAAUGGUACAGACAUCAACGUCACUCUGGACCGUAUUUGUAACUUAUGGGAUGAGGCGGUGGAGAAAGGGGGGACGAAUGUGCCGGAUUUAGUGGUGGACACUACGACAGCUGGCCUGGGUGCCAAGAUAACGAACUCGUUCACAGCUGCCCUAGGAAUCCCUACGCUGUCCGCCCAAUACGGCCAACAGGGAGAUCUCCUCUAUUGGCGAAAUUUGAAUGACGAUCAGCAGGGUUAUCUAGUGCAGGUGAUGCCUCCGACGGAUUUAAUACCCGAAGCAGUCAGACGAUUGGCGAUUCAGUUGAACAUCACGAACGCAGCGAUCCUGUAUGAUCAUAAUUUCGUCAUGGAUCACAAGUACAAGAGUCUGUUGUUGAACGUACCCACCAGACACGUAAUCAACGAAGCUUCUCAACAAGUGACGAAGAUGAAGAGGCAGCUACCACGGUUGAGGGACCUCGAUAUCGUGAAUUAUUUCAUUCUAGGGGACGAGAACACCAUCAACGUAGCCCUAGAAGCAGCGGAGUCUUUGAGCUUCACCGGGAGAAAGUACGGUUGGUUCUUGUUGACUCCGGAAGCUGAGAUUUGGCCGAAAUGCGAGUGCAAAAACGUGACGGUCCUUUUUAUGAAGCCUAAGUUCGUGCAGAAGAAGCCCGCGGUGGAGGCCAUCCUGCCGAAACCGAUUAUCUCUUCUGCUUUCUAUUACGACCUGCUUCAGUUAGCCGUUCAAGCGAUGAAAUCGGCCUUGGACAACGGCGAGUGGCCACUGAAACCGAAACAAAUCACCUGCGACGGAUAUAAUAACACGAACACGCCGGUGAGGAAGUUGGACUUCUUCGGGAAAUUGAAAGCAGCUUACGCGAACAUGACGCCAACUUACGCUGAAAUCCAGUGGGGAACAAAGAACGGCGAGCACCAUGCUCGCUUCGAGAUGUCCAUUCACCUGGUGAACAUCGAGGAAGAGGUGAUUUCCGAUAUGGUGGAUAGCGGAUCUUGGAACGCUAGCAUCGAUUCACCCUUGGAGAUAACGAACAGCGACGUGAUGAACACCACGGCGGUGAAGAGCUACAGGGUAGUUACCGUGCUUCAUCCCCCGUUCGUGAUGUACAACGAGGAGAAGAACGAGUACUUCGGCUUCUGCAUUGACCUGUUGAACGAGAUCAGGGAGACGGUGGGCUUUCAGUACGAGAUACGCGAGGCGGACGACAAAAUGUACGGGAAUUUGAAUCCAAACGGUAGCUGGAACGGUAUGAUGAAGGAAUUGAUCGAGAAACGAGCUGACAUAGCUCUUGGUUCCCUUUGGGUCACCGCGGAAAGGGAAGUUGUGGUAGAUUUCACGGUGCCUUAUUACGAUCUGGUAGGUCUUUCCAUCAUGAUGCUGAAAACUAAAACCACCACUUCGUUGUUCAAAUUUUUGACCGUUUUGGAGAACGAGGUUUGGUUCUGCAUACUCGCCGCCUACAUUUUCACCAGCAUCCUAUUGUGGAUCUUCGAUCGUUGGUCACCGUACAGCUACCAAAAUAACAGAGCGAAGUACAAGAACGAUGAGGAGAAGAGAGAGUUCAAUUUAAGAGAGUGUUUCUGGUUUUGUAUGACUUCCUUGACGCCACAAGGUGGAGGCGAAGCACCGAAGAAUCUCUCCGGACGACUGGUCGCUGCCACAUGGUGGUUGUUCGGAUUUAUCAUCAUCGCCUCGUACACGGCUAAUCUGGCCGCGUUUCUGACCGUGUCCAGGUUAGAGAUACCGAUCGAAACAUUGGAAGAUCUUAGCAAACAGUACAAGAUUCAAUACGCCCCGGUACUCUACUCUUCGGCUUACGUUUACUUCAAGAGGAUGGCUGCUAUCGAAUGGAGAUUUUACGACAUUUGGAAGGAGAUGAGUCUUAACGAUAGUUUGUCGGACGUAGAGAGAGCUGAACUAGCGGUAUGGGACUAUCCCGUCAGCGACAAGUACACGAAAAUGUUGCAAGCGAUGGAAGAAGCUGGUUUUCCAGCCACUACCGAAGAAGCUUUGCGACGAGUUCGACGUCUAGAUUCGAAUAAUGAAUUCGCUUAUAUCGAGGAUUCUACCACCAUCAGGUAUCUUGCCAUGACGAACUGUGAUCUGGUACAAGUUGGAGAGGACUUCUCGAGGAAACCAUACGCGAUUGCGGUACAACAAGGAUCUCCGCUGAAAGAUCAAUUCAACAAUGCAAUUCUGAUACUAUUGAAUCAACGAAAAUUGGAGAAGCUGAAGGACAAAUGGUGGAAGAAGAAUCCUGAGAAAAAGAACUGCGACGCGGAGAACAGUCAAAGCGACGGUAUAAGUAUUCAUAAUAUAGGGGGUGUAUUUGUAGUGAUAUUCCUCGGGAUUAUUUUUGCUUGUUUCACCCUGGCCUUUGAGUACUGGUAUUAUCGGCAUCGUACAAAGAUCACGAAGAUCGAUCGCAACAGCCCCAGUAAAGGUAAUCUACCGAAAAUAAAACCACUUAGAUUUAAUUUACAGCCAGCUCCAACUCACGGUUUCCAAGCAACCCAGGUCAGAUCGAGGUUUUAAAGUUAUUUCUUGUAAGAUGAAGAAAAUACACGAAGAUUCGAUUAUCCUGUUCUUCAAGAUCUUUUAUUCCUAGCGGUAUCAGGACGUUGAUGCUCGUUACUGCUCAACGAGCAAUAAAGAAAGGGAGGAAAGGAGGAUAAGUCUUUUUGAUAAUGAAAAACUUUUUAGGAGAAAAAAGAAAGGGGAAUUUUAAAUGAUAUACAUUUUCAGCGUUUGCAAUGCCUUUAUUUGGUUACUCCCUUUGCGUACAUUAUUUCGCGCAGAGAAUAUUUAGAUUUUUUUUUUAUUCGUUCUCCUUAGUUCCAUUGUUCUCUUCGCAUUACAUUUCAUGUACAACACCAUAAACGAUCCUUUGUGUUAACAUUAACACCUCCUCUUCUUCUUAUCGCGUUUAUAUUCGCUCUCUUUCAUUUAAAAGGCAUUCAUUUUCCUAAUAACGUUUCUUUCACGUUCUUUUAUCGGACGUAUACAUACAUUUCUUUUUCUGUAUCUCCUUCUUCAAGUCACAUAUUCCAUUUCUUUUUCUUUCGUAUGUACGUUCUCGUCGAUCCAACAUGUAUUUCCUUUGAGGGAGUAUAGGAAAAGCAUUGGAUACUCUGGAUUCUUUUAAAACAUGGGAUUUGGUGGAAGAUGGAUAGGGACAAAGGGACAUUAAUCUUCUAGGACGUUAAAUUAUAAUUAAAGGGAUAAUAAUUAAGAUAAUUCAUUAAUAAUUACGAAAAAAAAAAAACAACAAGAAAAUAGAAUGGUACUUUGAUGGUUCUUGGUUUAAUGUCGUGCGGCAUUUUUAUCUUUUUCUUUUUCUUUCCUUCUCUUCCCUAUUUUUAUUUAUACUUAUAAGUACUCCGUCCUCGAAUUUUACUCUUUCAAUUUCUUCAGUAUCAUUCUUUUUUUUGGCAUUUUCUUGGUUACAUUUAUUUCUUUUUUUUCUUUCUUUCUCGUUCUGCGAUGCAUCCAAUGCAAACACACAUAAUGGAACGCCUGCACAUCGGAUGAGAAACAAAAAAAAAAACACCUGCUCGCUACAUUUUCUAAACAAAAAAAAAAUCAGCGCACUAAUUUUUUUUUCCUUUCUUUCUCUUUGAAAAAGUUUACAUAAAAUUAUCAACAAGCUACCAAACGAAAUCUCAUUGACUACGUUUUCGAUAUUUUUUUUUCUUUCUCUCUCUAUCUCUCGUGCGCUCUCUCUCUCUCUCCCUCUCUCGCUUUCGUCAUUAAACGCUGCGUAACAUAUACAUUUUUCCUCUAUUUUGCUCCGUUUCUUUUUUUUCUUUUAUUUGUCAAAGGGUUAAUAAUAAUUAUCUAAAUGAACGUUUAAUAUUCCUUUCAUCUCGCUUCACUCUCUUUCUGACCUUUUUAUUUUUUUUUCCACUCUGCUCGUCGACAA